AUGUAUCCAGUGACAGACGUGGUAGCCAUGUUGUUGGAGACGCCGUUUCGAGGUUGGAAUUCUGAUACUAAAAAUGAUUUACUAAAAGUUGGUAAGCCAAUUCCGAUUUUGUCAGCCUUGGCUCCUGACAAGAAACUAAGUAAGGUAUUCUGUAGGUCAUUUAAUUCAAAAAUUAUUUUGUUGGCCAUGUUUGUUGUUGGAGGUUCAUCUGACAAAGUUGGCGAUGAUAAUUGUGGAAUUUUUCUCGGCUUAAUCGAAUUAAUAAGUCAGUAUGAUCCUUUAUUAGCUGAACAUGUAAAUAAUGUCAAACAAAGUUACAAUAACGAUAAAGUUAUUAGUUAUUUUUCUCCUAUUAUUCAAAAUGAACUAGUUAUAAUUUUGGGCCAACAAGUUAAAGAUGAAAUAUUGAAUAGAAUAAAUAAAUCUAAAUAUUUUUCCAUUCUCUUUGAUUGUUCACCAGACGUUUCUCACCAAGAGCAAUUAACUGAAAUAAUUAGAUAUGUACACAUUGAUAAUGGAGAAGUAUCAAUAGAAGAAUCAUUUAUUGACUUUAUCAUAAGCCACGAGAAAACGGGAUUAGGACUAGCCGAUGAAAUAUCAAGUAAAUUGAAAGAAGAUGGAUUAAACAUCAAGGAUUGCAGAGGACAAGGCUUUGAUAAUGGUGCCAACAUGGCUGGAGUUCAUAAUGGAGUUCAGAUUCAUAUUAUUUCCAAAAAUGAUUUGGCUAUAUUUGUUCCAUGUGCUGCUCACAGUUUAAACUUAAUUGGCGUACAUGCGGCACAAACUUCUCCAACUAUUAUAACGUUCUUUGGUGUUAUUCAAAAACUAUUUACAUAUUUCUCUCGGUCAUUAUCAAGAUGGGAAAAAAUUAAAAAUAUACUAAAAAUAAUAUUAAAAUCACAUUGUGAGACCCGUUGGUCUACUAAAAAACAAGCUGUAAGUGUACUUAAAAAUAAUAUAAAAGGUGUUUAUGAAGUAUUAAAACGAUUUUCUGAGGAUUCUAAACUUAAUAAUGAUACAAAAGUAGGUGCUAAACAUUUAUUAUACCAAAUAAAUUUAAAAUUUGUAUGUUUACUUAAUCUAUUGUAUUUAGUAUUAAACCAAAUAGACUACGUCAAUAUUGCAUUGCAAACUAAAGACCAAAUCAUAGAUGUAGCUGUUAAAAUAAUGAAUGGUUUAAUAAAAUCAAUUCAAGAAAUAAGGGAAAAUAGUUUUCAAAAAGGUCUGUGUGAAGCAAAAGAUAUGGCCAAGUCCUUGAAUAUUUCAUCAGAAUUUACCAACAAACGUUAA